CUCUCUGUGUAUGUGUGUGUAUAUCUUCCUGCUACAAUGUUGUCCAGUGGUAAUAGCAGCUUCUAUGGGGACACCUACGUCAACAAGGUCCAAGGACUGCAGGAGCGAUGGGCGAUCGCCUUUCAAUGGCUCCGGGAGUGCCAGCAAGAACAGGAGGAAAGAUGCCUUCACUGGCAGCAACUGGUGACCCAUGGUGUUGCCCAUCUUGAACAGCAACGUACCCGGCAAGUGCAUCGCUAUCAUCACUGCCCUCAGCAGCAGCAACAGCAGCAGCAGCAACAGCAGCAGCAGCAGCAGCAGCCUGCCCUCGAGCAUGGGGGUAUUGCGCAGGGGUCUGAACCUAUCUUCAAAGAUGCCCCUGCAGCAGCUGCAGUGGCGAUGAUGCAAGAGGGGGUCGAGAUGCCCAUCAAUGAUGAAGAUAUCAAACUGCUCCUGCAGAAUGCCAUCCAGGAGCAGGAAGGUAUCUUACCCCCUGCGUUGCCGGGUUCUCCGGAAGAGGUCCUCGGACAGCUGGAGGAGCUGGGAGCAGCACUUGGCAUCCCCAUGGCUAUGGCGGCACCAGAGGUUGUGGCCAUCAACAUCAACAACUUUGAGGCUGCAGUGGCACCCGAGGCAGUACCCCAGUUGGACGAUGCAGCAGCAGCAGAAUCCUCUGCCAAGUGGGAAUUUCAAGAUGACUGCUCCCUCGCAUGAAUCUGAACAGCUUGACACUUCAGCGUCUUCAAAGAUGGAUGUUAGUGUCUCGAAAAAGUUUUGAGCUGUUCCAAACGGUUCUGGUAGACACUUAUCUCCAAACUUCAGAAAUGGUUGUACAAUCCAUUGACUGCUGGUCACAAAUUGACAAUCACCGCACUUACAUAGAUCUGCUUGCUCCAUUGCAGGCCAAUGUUGGUACAGGAUCUGGCACAGUGGUUGCAGUUGCAGUUGCAGUACUCACUGAAGUAGUAGAAGUAGUAGUAUUACCAGCAGUUACUCAUUCUUCACAGCACGGUGCACAGACCUUGACUGACCUUGCAACAGCCGCUUCCAGAAAGUCCAGCAAUGUGAAUGUAGGGUGAAGACAGGUGUGCAGAUUAUAUGUGCAGUGGACGUUUGCAGAGAGCUCCCUACAGACUAUAUACUUCAGUUGGAAUUGAAUUAUUUAUAAUAUUUCAUUUGAAUUCUCAUGAAACAUGUAUGGACUUGUCACUUUCUCUUUAACAGGCAAUUGGAACUCUAUAGAGAGAUAAUGCUUAUAGUGGGCUAUCUCACAUUAAAUCAAACUUGAUUCAUGAAACUAUACGCUAAUAAUUUACCCCACUGAACAAGAGGAGCUUAUUUUAAUUCCUUCAGAGAGCAUGUAAAUUGGGAAUAAAGUAGGUUUUUAUUGUUAUAAAACAUAAUGAAUGAUCACGUUUAUAGGCUAUCGAUUUUGUUUUGAUCUGUACAAUAAACUAUGCAGCCGACACUGACAACGUUUGUCUAAUCAGUAUCCUACAACUUUGCACCUUCUUCCUUUCAAGAAUAUUAAAUACAUUACCACAAACUAAAAGGUUUUUCUUUUUCUAAAAGUAGAGUCUCACAUUCAAAAAUAUUACAUUUUAUUUUUUUCCCAUCCCUUGUGUAAAAUUUAGUCUUAGAAAAGAGUGGACUGUAUAAAUAGGAGAGAAUAAAUCAAAUUCUGA